AUGAAGUACUCCCAACUGGCGAAAACCGCAUCCUUCCAAAUGGCGCAAUCGUCAUCUUCAACGGGGCUCCUUCACCUACCCAACGAACUUCUUUGCCAAAUCUUUGACAACUCAGACACACCCACCUCCCUUCUCUACAUCCUGGCGCAAGUAUGCCGGCGCCUGCAUCAUCUCUUUAUACCCAUCUGCCUAAAUCGACACAGCAUCAACGACCCUACAGCGUAUACAAAACUCACUAUCAAUGGGGUCCCUACCUAUGGCGACGCCCUAUCCACACUUGAAGUGGCCUCCAUCGCUGGGCACGUUACGCGUAUUGACGGCAAGCUCAUAUGCAAGUUUCCUGUACCGUCCGGAGAAGACAUCCGCGUCGUUACCCAAAGUGUCCGACGUCUGCACAAGUUUGUUGGACGAAUGUUGACCUUGGGGAAUGUUGAGCUGGUGUUUCGAGGUGACCGUUGCUGUUGCUGCUCUGGGUUCCCUGAGGAGGUGUUAAAAGAGUGGUCCGAAUGUAUAGGGGAUCUGCUGAGUUGCAUCUUGGAGAAGUCGUGCAGCGAGCUGACGGUACGCGGAGGACGGUUGAUGGCACACGCUUAUGCGUUCCGGUGUGGGAAACGUGUAGGCUCAACGAGCUCGCCGACUUUGUUCUCGGGUUCGUUGCGUGAGUUAUUGCGUUGGGUUGGUCCGACCCCCGUUGGGAAGGGGAAAAAAGAAGAAAUGAACAGGGUGCUCAGGGGCAAGAAUUGGGAAUUCUGCCGUGUCAAAGGAGCAAAGACUAUCGUGCUGACAGAACUCUCCCCCGCUGCACGCGAGAAGUCUGCGCUGCGAGCACUCACUAUCAUGUCUACAAUGUUCUUUAUUCCCCCGAUUUUGCAUUGGACGGUGGCGGCACUUCAGCAUUCGGCAAUCGAGUCUUUGACGUUAUCAAAUCUGUCAAUAAACAAAAGAUGCUGGUUGGCUAUAUUCAAACUUAUUGCUGACGCCAUCCCUCAUCUCGCAGAGCUCAACCUAUCGCGACUAAAGCGAAUUAAACCUGUAGACCUCAUCUGGUUUCUGGCUCGUUUUCCGCAACUCAGCUCACUUUCUCUUGGCCGGGACGUGGAAAUGUUGGACGACUACGAGUUAGGGUCAUUUCCCGACUUCCCGGCACUCAUCUCACUUUACGCUCCGUCACACUGGGUCUUCAAGUUGCUGUCAUCACAGCGCAUGGGAUUGGCGUGCCUCGAGAAUCUCUUCAUAUCGUAUAACCUCAAGAAUGAAGGUUUCUCGCAUUGGUUCAGGCACUCAAAGUCGGCUUCAAUACCGAGUCUGUUGGGGGAACAAUGCCGGCCCCUGACGCUUAGUUUGGAGGUGCUGCUUGGAGAUAGUCCUGGGUGGAAGAUGUUUGAUGAUUUGAGCGCCCCUCCGAAUCAACCAAACUUGGACACGAUCUCGAGUCUUGCACUGAUUGUUGACCAGGAAUUUCGUCAGGGCGAUAUGGAUCUGUGGGGAGUUCUACCGCGCUGGUUAUCACUAUUUUCGGGGCUGAAAGACGUCUCUUUCAAGGGGCACAAUAAAGCGAUAGACGGAGCCGAAGGUACUUUAAUCGAGAAAGUAGUUGCUGUGGUCAAGAAGAGUGGGUUAUCGAUAUCAAGCGUGGAGGUCAAUGGGGUUGAGGUGGAGCUCGAGGUCGAUGCUGAACCUCAGGCUUUUUCUACCUUGGAAAAGCAAGCAGAAGAUUGA